AUGGAUCUUCAAGACCGAUCCGUCCAUGCGGCCAUUGGCCACUUAUCUAACCCCAAGCAAUUUGUCGGUGAGAAGCCAUACGAAAUCUUUAUUGACACUCAGCCUGGUCGGCCGAAGACAAACAUGAAAUUUGCGCUGUGCGAUGGUAUUCCCGUUAAGGACGUCAGGUUUCAUGGGCGCGAACAAUUUAGUCUUGAUAAGAAUGGAUUCGAAUUCGUGAAUCACUCGUUUGAUGACCAGAUUACUAUCAACUCUAUCAAGCAAUCUGGUGGAGAUGCGGCUCUGCAAUCCUAUCUAAAGCCUCUCCAAGUGUUUCUGCAGCAGCAUCUGAAGGCGGACAAAGUCAUUCUAUAUGACUGGAGGAUCCGAAGCACACUCCCCGAUGCGACAUGGCCACGAACGGCAGACAGGUUCAUCCAGCUGCCACCAGCAUCUUGGGUUCAUGCAGAUGAGUCAGGCCUCUGUGGACAAAAGAUUGUCCGUGAGCAUCUCGCCGUUGAGGAGAGAGAAGAUUUCGAUUCAGGCGAAGGACGAUUUCGUAUCAUUAACAUUUGGAGACCGUUGGUUCCAGUAGUUCUAGAAAAACCCCUCGCUUUGUGUGACUGGAGCUCGGUUAAGUCUGUCGACUGGGAAUUGUGCGACCAAGUACUGAAGGAUCGGGUUGACGAGGCCAUGUACUUGAAGAACAGACAAGAGCACGAGUGGUGGUGGCUACCAGAACAGCAGCGCGACGAACUAACACUCUUUGUGGUUUGGGACUCGUUCAAGUUCAGACAGGGGCACCAAGCCAGCACACCUCACGCGGCCUUUGAUUUGCCUGGUCCUAGAUCGGGUCAGAGCCGAGAGAGUAUUGAAGUCCGCUCGAUCAUCUGGACCAGAGACUAG